CAGACUUAACUGCGAUUCAGAUUAAACUGAUAUCACUUUUCAACUAGUGAUAUUUUCACGUCUAUAAGAAUGCUCUGGUUAUUCUUCGGCGUCCUCCUAACACUAAUUUUUACUAAGGCACAACCUUUAUAUUCAAAUUCAAUGGAUAUCUAUCACAGAGGAUCAUCAGCUGAUGUGAACGAAAUUGUUCACAAUCUAUUUUCUAAAGGAUUUGUCGAACUUACAAAAACAAUGAACUCUGAAAUAUACGAUUUGAAAUCGUGUUGGAAUAAGGAUUUCAAAAAAGUCAAAUCGACGGUGGAUGCCUUUGAUGAACAUCAAAAAAUGCUGGCUGAAGCAGUUUCUGAAAUCAAGACAAACAUUACGAUUACUUCAAAGGCAACACAAUCUUUAUUAUACUUUGAUAAAAUGGCGUUCAAACGUCAGUUAGAAAAUUUGUCCAGCUCUUAUGGAGAGGAAAAAGAAAGAACUGACAAAGCUAUAGAACAGCUUUCCCUGUUAGAGGAAAGAAUGGUUAACCAGAGUGAUCUUAUCAGUAAUGUAAUGAGGGAUCUUCUGGAUCAGGUCAGAAAUCAAGAAGACUUGUUCGACAAUGUAACGACGAUUUUUGUUAAAAUUAAGGAAAUGGGCACAAUUCAUUCAAACAUGGAAACACAAUUUACAAGGACGUUGAAUCGAUCUAUCAAUGAAUUGAAAGAUAUGUCUGAGGAAAUGAUUAAAAACAAAACAAAGCAGAUAUUUAGAAGAAUAAGUGAUUUAACUUUCAAUCUAACGUCCGCCCUGGCAAACACUUCAGAAGAAAUGGAAACAACAAAAACAUUAGUUCAGACCACAGAAGAGCAAGACAAAAAGCUUCUUGAAUUAGUGGAAGGGAUGCAAAAUGAACUCGCAAAACUCAAGAACAGUAUCAGUAAUUUAACCAAAGAUAUACCUUCAAAAUCGUGUCCAUCAGAUUGGUCGUCGUUUGGAUCAUCUUGUUAUAUGAUCAUUAAACAGAAAAAGUCGUGGGAUGAUGCAGCUGUUAAAUGCUUACGAUAUGGAGCUAAAUUAGUCGAGAUAGAGACAAAGGAAGAAAACGAUUUUCUUAAGCAAACACUCAUCAACACAAAUGAUAUCUACUGGACCGGGGGAAUAGAUGAAGUUACUGAGGGAAGGUUUGUUUGGGCAUCGACCGGAAAUCCCCUGACUUUCAAGGACUGGAAUGACGGGGAACCAAAUGAUUAUAACAAGAGAGAAGACUGUCUUGACUUCUCCAAAGGAUUUAACAGAAGAAAACUAUGGAAUGACAACAGAUGCGAAUCAAAGUUUUAUUUCGUUUGUGAAAAAACUGUUUUAUUCAUCUAAAUGUGAAACAUUUCAUUUGCAUGAAUUUUAUUUUCUCUUUGUCAUUAAAUUAAGAUUUUU